AUGGAAGUAGGGGCUUGUUGCACAGAGAAAAGAAAGCAAAGACAAUCCCAACCAGACAAACCUUAUAGAGGAAUCCGCAUGAGGAAGUGGGGAAAGUGGGUUGCAGAAAUAAGAGAGCCCAACAAAAGGUCAAGAAUUUGGCUUGGCUCUUAUUCUUCGCCUGUCGCCGCCGCCCGGGCGUACGACACGGCGGUGUUUUACCUAAGAGGCCCUUCUGCUCGGCUCAACUUCCCGGAAUAUAUAGCCGAAGCUGAAGGGUGCCAAGAAUUAUCGGCAGCGGAUAUAAGAAAAAAAGCCACCGAGGUUGGUGCUAGAGUGGAUGCGUUGCAGAGUACAAUCCAUGCACCGAAUGAAUCCACCACCUCAAUUCGGGUUGACUUGAACCAGUACCCGAGUCCGGAGACUUCUGAUGAUAAUUAA